UUAUUAUUUCUGACCAAUUACUCUGCUCAUCAUAGCACAUGGAAGACACAGGAGAGGAGUCCUUCAGUCCUUCACUAUUACUCACCCCAACUUAAAUGUCUAUUUGAGCUAGUUACUCUUUCUCUACGUUCCUCUUCUCCUCUCUUCUAUCGUGUCUCUAAAUUUUCCCCAGACAUUCUGGUUUCAAAUCUCUUCUGUGUAUGAACUUUGUACAAAAAGGACUCUCAAGAAAGAGAAUCUUUCUUCUAUUUUCUUUCUUCGUUUCUUUGUCCCUUUUUGCUCUCUUUUUCUUGAAGCUCAAAAACCCAGGAAGAAAAUGAAGGCAGAACACUUUCUUGCAUCUGUCUCUUGACAUAACGUUCUUUACUUUAUCUCGGAGCUCCUUUCUGUCAAAACUAAAACUGUACGCCUUUCUUCUGUCUUUAUGCACUAAAGACUUUGUUUCUUGAGCUGGUUUAUGGGAUUUCUGGAAUGAAAAUGAAAUAAACCCAUUUAGCCACUUCAGAAAAGAAAAUUGGAUCUUAAAGUUUUGAGUCUUUUUUUUCGGUCAGUAAUAAAAACAUUUAUCUUUUAUAGCCAUUGAAUUGGCUUUGCAGUGUUAAGAGGUUCAAAAGAGCAAGUAUUAUGUAUAUAUGAAAAUAUAUGUUUGGAUAUGUUUUGUAGUGUUCCCCACAAUUUCAAACAGAACUUUUAUUUCUUUCUUUCUUGAAUUUAUUUUUGUCAAGGCAUAAGCUUUUCAGUGAAAGAUUUUCUUUUUAUAAGGCUUUAAAACUUUUCAGUGAUGAAACUAAGUAACAAUUUACAAGAUUGGAAGUCAAAACCAAAGAAAGCUGCUACUAUUAUUUGUUGUCUUUCCUUUUUCUCUUCUUAUUUCUCCAUCAAAGUCAGAGUUUUGGUUUUGUACAUAACAAGAGGCCAAUCGCUACUAGGACAGUAAUGGUCUCUUCCCUCUAAACUAAAUCUUUGUUCUUUUUCAGCCUUCAUUACUGACUCAAACUCAUCCACCUUGAGUUCUAUUUAGUGUAGUUUUUUAGCCUUUUCAAGCAGGACCAUGUUUUUUUUUUCUUGAACAUUGUUUUCCUUAAACAAACCCACAUAGGUUUGCUCCUUUGCAAUACAAGAAUGGGGUUUUUCUGCUAAGCACGUGAUUGCUUCUGGGUGUGCUUGAAUAUUCCAUAACUAAGGAUUCGAUUUUAGAAAAAAAAAGAAAGAAUCUGAUCUGAUUAGGUAGACUUAUCAUUUUUUAGCUUAAGUUAUGGCUGAGGAGAUAGUACCAGAGAACCUCAAGAAACAACUUGCUCUUGCUGUUAGGAGCAUUCAAUGGAGCUAUGCAAUCUUUUGGUCCAUUUCAACUAGACAACCUGGGGCUUUGGAGUGGGGUGAUGGGUACUACAAUGGAGAUAUUAAGACAAGAAAAACAGUUCAAUCUGUAGAGCUCAAUGCAGACCAAUUGGGUUUGCAAAGAAGUGAACAGUUAAGAGAACUCUAUGAGUCUCUUUCAGCUGGUGAAGCCAGCCCACAAGCUAGGAGACCUUCAGUAGCACUAUCACCAGAAGAUCUUACUGAUACAGAGUGGUAUUACUUAGUUUGCAUGUCUUUUUUGUUCAACAUUGGCCAAGGCUUGCCAGGAAGAACCUUAGCAAAUGGUCAGCCGAUUUGGUUAAGCAAUGCUCAUUUUGCAGAUAGUAAAGUAUUCACUCGCUCUCUGCUAGCUAAAAGUGCAUCUAUUCAGACUGUAGUAUGCUUUCCAUUCGUGAGAGGGGUGAUAGAACUGGGUGUGACAGAUCUGAUUUUGGAGGACCCAAGUCUGAUUCAGCAUGUUAAAACUUCGUUCUUGGAGAUUCCAUAUCCAGUAGUUGCUACUACGACGAUUACAAAAAGUGACAAAGAAUUUGCUUUUGAUGGGGAGAUUCUUGAAGCCAAGUUAAUUCCAGUCAUAGGAUGUGAAGAGUUAGAUGUAGUUUCCCCCAAUAACAGUUCGAAUAAUCAGCCUGCGGAGGACUCAUUCAUGGUUGAAGGGAUAAAUGGAGGAGCUUCCCAAGUACAAAGUUGGCAGUUAUUGGAUGAUGACUUCAGUAACUGUGUCCAUUCUUUGAAUUCCAGUGACUGUAUAUCUCAAACCAUCGUAGAACCUAUAAAGGUUGUUCCUGUUGUGAACAAAGAAAAGGUCAAUGAAAGAUGUCCACAAGAGGUUCAAGACUGUAAUCGGACGAAGCUUACUUCAUUGGACCUACGAAAUGAUGAUUUUCAUUAUCAAAGUGUCCUCUCAUCUCUUUUGAAGACUUCCCAUCCAUUAAUUCUUGGACAGCAUGUUCAAAACUCUAACAAGUUAUCCAGCUUUGUUGGUUGGAAGAAAGUGGGGUUAGUGCAUUAUCAGAAAUCAGAAGGUGCACCCUCCCAGAAACUACUGAAGAAAGUUCUGUUUGAAGUUCCUCGAAUGCAUGUAAAUGGCUUGCCAGAGUCUCCAGGAGACAAAAGCAAUGGGGUUCGAGUCUUGAGACCAGAGGCAGAUGAUUUUGGUGCAAACCAUGUAUUGUCAGAGAGGAAACGAAGAGAAAAGCUUAAUGAAAGAUUUAUGAUUCUCAAGUCAAUUGUCCCUUCAAUCAACAAGGUUGAUAAAGUAUCUAUCCUCGACGACACAAUAGAAUACCUUCAAGAGCUUGAAAAAAGAGUUGAAGAGUUGGAAUCAUGUAGGGGGUCAACAGAGUUAGAGGCAAGAGCAAGAAGAAAACUCCAAGAUGCUAUAGAGGGGACAUCUGAUAACUAUGGCAGCAACAAAACUGGUAAUAACAAAAAGCAUUUAGUAAACAAGAGAAAGGCUCAUGACAUCUCUGAAAUGGAACCAGAGAUUAAUUAUAACAUACCAAAAGAUUGCUCCACUGACAACAUAACUGUCAGUAUCAAUGACAUGGAUAUAUUAAUCGAAAUCAAGUGUCUGUGGAGGGAGGGACUGUUGCUUGAGAUCAUCGAUGUUAUAAGCCAUAUGCACUUAGAUUCUUACUCGGUUCAAUCAUCAACCAUAGAUGGCACUCUUUCUUUGACCAUCAAAUCUAAGAAGGGUUUAAGAACUGCAUCAGCUGGGGCGAUCAGACAAGCACUUCAAAGAGUUGCCUGUAAAUGUUGAAGAUUGGCCUCACAUUUAGUCUGUAUUGUUUCUUUCAUCAUUAGAAUUUCACUACUUGAGUUGUAAAAUUGCGUAUUGUUGGGGAUUUUGUACAUCAUUGCUAUAAAACAAGAGAUUUUCAUCCAAGUAGAGUUAGCCUAAUAAACAGAAAUAAACAUGUUUCAAUAUCAAAUGAAUUUUCUGCAA